CGGUAGAAACCGGAAGUUUGAGCCAGACGGUUUGAGCGACUAACUGACCGAACUGGUCGUGAUCUGGUCAGGGAGCAUUUGGCCUAAUUUGAGGGUAGCUGGAUUGGAUUCGGAUCGUGGUUCGUUUAUUUGCGUUUGACCUGCAGUUUGAUCGGUUUUAACAACACAGCUUAUUCUACACUCUACAGAGAGCAGCAGUAUUAUUUUCACAUGUUCAGACCGUUUGCUUUCUUGAAUUUGAGUAAUAAAUUUGGGAACUAGAUUUAAGGCUUCGUGGUGCGAGACUAGAGUGCGGAGAUGAAGUUAUCGAUGGUUGGGGAGACGAAGACGAUAGCAGCAACACUUCUGGGAGAGACAGAUUACAAUUUCUCCUGGCCCUGGGGAUCCCAUCUCGAGAAGAUGAUGAGCAGCGCCGGAGGGAUGUCGGGCGACAGCGAGGAAGAGGGGCAGAGAAGGAUGCUUGGGCGACGGAGGGUAGCAGACGACGACGAGGAGGUGGUGCGUCGCAAACAAAGGAAGAAGAAGAGGAGAAAGGCUGAGAAGAGAUGGGGGAGAUCGAGGGAUGUGUAGAGGAAUUAAAGAAUUGGGUUCCUUCAAUUUUGUUUGGUCGGGUCACGGGUUGAAUUGAGUUGGGUCAUGAUGUGGCAGGUCAAAAUUGGAUGAAUCAGCAUUUUUGGUUGCCACAUAAGCAAACCACUAACGGUGUUAAUGGAAACUAACGGAGAGUGACCAAUCGUGAAACAUUAACUACUUUUUAGUGACCAUGUAUGGAAUAAAAUUCUUUUAGUGACCAAACGUGAAUAUUUUAGCAGUUUCAGUGACCAACCUUGCAAUUUACCCCAAAUAGAUGGGAUGUGAAAAAGAGGCCAAAAUCUUCGUAUCAAAUGAGCAUUUUACUCUUAUCUUUUUUCUUGGGGUUAAUUCCAAGGUUAGUCACUGUGAUUACUAAAAAUGUUAAUGUUUAGUCACUAGAAAUAUUUUAAUUGGCACGUCAUACAUUUAAUGGUCAAUUAUGAAAGUUGACUGUUACAUCAGAUAAAAUUAACGGAGUUGGAUUGGAGAAUGAUCAAACAUGACAUGUUUUACUAAACCUAGUGACCACGAGUGGAAUUAAAUAUUUUUAGUGACUAAACAUGUACAUUUUUAGUAAUCACAGUGACCAACCUUGCAAUUAACCCUUUUUUCUUGAUUACAACUUUUAGAGAUAAUUAUAUAAAUUCAUUUUAAAUCCGUCAAUCCAACUCAUGAAAAUUUAUCAUUAAAUUCAACAAUCAAAUAAUAUUCGUUUCAAAUUAAUAAUAACUCAAAUUCAUGAUCCAUCCCUCUUUUUUCAAAUCCAACAAAUCUUCAUUUAUCAAGUCAAAGAACCAAACCAUUCUGUUGGGGGUAUAGUGAGGGUUGGCCCAGGCAAAGAGACCCAAAGCUAGGCGGCCCAAGAAGGGAGUCUGGCGAAGGAAGCCCACAGGGGGCAAGCGCAGCCCAAAAGGGCGUACUAAGUGGUCCAAGUGAGUGGGGCCGGACUUCUGAUAGAAGGCGCAUAAGGACAAGAGACAACCAACGGGAAAGAAUGUACGGAAAGAGGGAUUGGUGAAGUCAUGCGCCUCAAACCUCUGAACGAGGUGUCAGGCGGUCGAGGCGCAUGACAAAGGGUAAAUACAGUGCAUUAAUUACCCUGUUGACGUGGGGCGUAAUUGGGGGGCAUUGAUCGACGAGGCACCGAGUAUAAAUAGGAGAGUAGGUAAACCUCGUUUACUAAGUUCGACUUCUCUCACUAAGCUCUUUUCUACUUCUCUCUCUAAAGCUGGAGAACUGACUUGAUCGUCGGAGUGCUAACAGACCAAUCAGGUCUGCUAGGCGCUUUGGGUGCAGGAUCGUGGGCGCUCUAGGGAAUGCGAACCAGGAAGGCGCACGAAAGGAAGAGGGAACUUACCGUGCUCAAACACACCCCUUUUCUUUAGAUGAAUGACCAACACAUUUAUGGUUCAAACAAAAGAGUUUAUUGUCUUAAGAUGAGAACAAUGUACCACUAUGAUGAAAAGAUAAAAGAUACUAUGGAAAAUUGAUAAUAACUCAAAUUCAUGAUCCAUAACACUCUUGAUGAGUGUUAUUUUGGAUCGUAGAAUCAGAUUGGCAAAACUGAUAAAUAGAUUUCAUCUACCCUCACACUCCAUACAUUCACUUUGUUCACCUAAGAAUUAAUUAUAAUUUAUAUAUUCAUUCAAAUACUAAUCUAUAAAUUCAUGUACUGCCUAUUUAAUAAAUAGAUUUCCAAUAGGUUAAUAGCAUUUUGUACAACUCUACUAUUACAAAUUAACAAACUAACCACUCUACUAAAUUUUUGCACAAAAAUACACUUAUAAUAUUAAAACGUAUCGAAUCUG